CCUCGUCUUUUCAUUAAGACAGAAAAAAAAACCCAAACAAAUUCACUCUUUCCAUCCAUCCCUCUUGCUUUCUCUGAAAUUCACCAAAGAGAAACCCUAAUCUCCAAAAUCAUCCCAUCCGUCUCCUCCAAUAAAAAAAAUUGAACCUGUGGAACUGAAAAAAGAAAGCAAAAAUGGUGUUGGCGCAGUUAGGAGGGAGCAUAUCCCGAGCAAUCCAGCAAAUGAGCAAUGCAACAAUCAUCGACGAGAAAGCAUUAAACGACUGCUUGAACGAGAUCACUCGCGCGCUUCUUCAAUCCGAUGUCCAAUUCAAGCUUGUUCGUGACAUGCAAACUAAUAUCAAGAAAAUCGUCAAUCUCGACGAUCUCGCUGCCGGUCACAACAAGCGCAGAAUCAUCCAACAAGCGAUAUUUAAUGAGCUCUGCAAGAUUUUGGACCCAGGGAAGCCCUCAUUUACCCCAAAGAAGGGGAAAACUAGUGUUGUUAUGUUUGUAGGUUUACAAGGGUCUGGAAAAACGACUACAUGUACAAAAUACGCUUAUUAUCAUCAGAAAAAAGGAUGGAAACCUGCCCUCGUUUGCGCUGAUACGUUUAGAGCUGGUGCAUUUGAUCAGUUAAAGCAGAAUGCAACUAAAGCUAAAAUUCCAUUUUAUGGAAGCUAUACGGAAUCGGAUCCUGUAAAAAUAGCUGAGGAAGGUGUAGAAACAUUUAAGAAGGAAAAUUGUGAUCUUAUAAUUGUUGAUACAAGUGGACGGCAUAAACAGGAAGCUGCACUUUUUGAAGAAAUGCGUCAAGUUUCAGAAGCAACUAAACCGGAUCUUAUUAUAUUUGUUAUGGAUAGCAGUAUUGGUCAAGCUGCAUUUGAUCAAGCUCAAGCUUUUAAGCAAAUGGUUGCAGUUGGAGCUGUGAUUAUUACUAAAAUGGAUGGUCAUGCAAAGGGUGGUGGUGCGCUUAGUGCAGUUGCCGCAACUAAGAGUCCUGUCAUUUUUAUUGGUACUGGAGAGCAUAUGGAUGAGUUCGAAGUCUUUGAUGUUAAACCUUUUGUUAGUCGCCUUUUAGGCAUGGGUGACUGGUCUGGAUUCAUGGACAAAAUUCAUGAGGUUGUUCCCAUGGAUCAGCAGCCCGAGCUUCUACAAAAGCUGUCAGAAGGGAACUUUACCUUAAGGAUUAUGUAUGAGCAAUUCCAGAAUCUACUAAAAAUGGGUCCCAUUGGCCAGGUAUUUUCAAUGCUUCCUGGGUUUAGUGCUGAAUUAAUGCCAAAAGGUCAUGAAAAGGAAAGCCAGGCUAAGAUUAAGCGAUACAUGACCAUGAUGGAUUCAAUGACUAAUGAAGAGUUGGAUAGUUCAAAUCCAAAGCUCAUGAAUGACUCACGUAUGAUGAGGAUAGCACGGGGUGCUGGCCGUCCAAUUAGAGAUGUAAUGGAAAUGUUGGAAGAGUACAAGCGACUUGCUAAAGUCUGGAGCAAAAUGAAGGGGCUUAAGAUUCCUAAGAAGGGUGAGAUGAGUUCCCUGUCUAGAAACAUGAAUGCACAGCACAUGAGCAAAGUCCUCCCUCCACAGAUGCUGAAGCAGAUUGGUGGCAUGGGUGGCUUGCAAAACUUAAUGAAGCAAAUGGGAUCAGCAAAAGACAUGAUGGGCAUGUUUGGAGGCGGGGACAAGUAAACGUGUGAUUGCCAACAACUAAAUGAAAUGAAUUCCCAUGACAAUAACCUAUGUCUGUCAGGAGGAUGGUAAGCUGCGUGGAGUGUUUAAUAUAUGCAAGUCGAUGCUUCAACAAAACUUUGUGGAUACUUGUUCUUAAAGGAUCAAUGCAUUUGAUUCAAUUCCCAGA